AUGGCCGAUGUAGAUGGCGAGGAAAACAGGAAGCCCAAUAUAGGCAGUGAGAAACGACGAUAUGUUCCAUUUUCCAUGGAAGAAGACGCUAAAUCCGUUGCAAAGCAGGAGAAUCGUGAAAGCACAGAUUGA